AGGCAGCAGCCACAGCAGGAGCAGCCACACCAUGGACCUUUCAUUUAUGGCCGCCCAGAUUCCUGUUAUGGGAGGGGCCUUUAUGGAUUCACCAAAUGAAGACUUUAGUACUGAAUACUCCUUGUUUAGCUCAUCGGCCAAUGUCCACACAGCCACUUCGGGGCCAAACCAACUGGAAGACCCACCUCGUUCUUCCAAUGAUGCCAUCUUAUUAUGGAUUGCCAUAAUAGCCACCAUUGGGAAUAUCGUGGUGGUAGGCGUUGUCUAUGCCUUCACCUUCUGAGUAACACAAAGAUUGAACAGCUGAUGAGCAUGAGGCCUGACCCUGCUAAGUGGAAGGAGUGCUGGUAAUCAUGUGUGAAGCAGAAUCCUGCUGGUAUGGACAGCCAGUAAUUGUGUGUGCUUCUUCUCCCUAUCCUUGUAGAUAGAAUUAGGCCCUGCUAUGCCAAGAUACUGGUUGGCUCAUCAUUUAGUUUUCACCAAGGUCUAGAAAUGAAAGUUGACAAAUAGGGCCAGCCUUCAGUUUUUUACAUAGUCCUUUCAAAGCCUGAUGGUAUAAACUUGA